GCCUGGAGAAGAUGAGAUCUCUGCUUUUUCGCAAUGCAAGGGUGAAUAAAUAAUUGGUGUUUGAAUAGUACAGCGUUUUCUUUACUCAAACACUAUGUCAGUAAAGGAUAAUGUUUUUGUGUGUUUGAAGAGUGGAGAAGAAUUAGUUAUUUGCUGUCUAUAUACGUUUUAAAUAUCCUGUGCAUUAUGUGCAUAAGCGCUUAAUUUGAGAUUUUGGCCAAGUGUAUUAAACAACAAGAAAAAACUAAGCGCCCAUAUAGCUACAAUCAAAGUUAUAUAACCUGUAAAAGUUGAUGAAAGCAUAAUGCACUUAAUGCACUUAUGCACUGCAUAACAGUUACAGCCGUUCUAACGACAGACAAAACACUCCAUCUCCGUCAUUCUCUGGUCAAAAACAUUAUUAACUCCAUUUGAGCUUGAUUUUCAUAUAAUGUUAAGUGCAGUGUCUGAUACAAUACCAACGCUAACGACGCAGUGUUGUUAAAUUAUUUAAUUUUUUGCACCCCCCCCCCCAGAUGUAAAGCAUACAUGUGUAUGUUUUUUGUGUUAGUCCAUUUUUAUUUUAUUUUAUUAUUAUUAUAACAGCUCAGGGAUGUUCAAGGAGCAACAUGUUUGUGCACUUUCUAAAGAUUUUAGUUCUGUUUUUGAAUAAAGGGUUGGAAAUGAAUGCUUUUUUUUUUUUAAUCCGAUUCAUCGAUUAAUCGAUUAAUCGAAAAAAUAAUCGACAGAUUAAUCGAUUAUUAAAAUAAUCGUUAGUUGCAGCCCUACUGACAAUUACAAUCCUAAUUUAGCUCUCUGUGCUGCGCAUUUUACGGAAGACAGCUUCCAGAAUCAAGAGAGUUCAGAGUUCAAUGCCGGAUUCACACAGAAACUAUUACUAAAACAUGGAGCGGUUCCAACUUUAAAACCAGAGGCAGCAGUUGUUGGGCCACAACCUGUAAGUAAGAUUUAAUAAUUUUAAAUGUAUUUGCAUGUAUAAUUUCAGACAUAAUGUUUUAGUUUUAUCAAGGACGUAAACAAAUGCCAACGCUGGCUUUAGUAGCCAGUUAGUUAAAUGAUGUUUCGUGUGUCUAUGACAAACGCGUACAAACAUUUUGGACCCGAAUUUGUAAUUAUGUACUAAUUUUGUAAAUCUAUUUUCCAUGUAUACUUUAUGACGUAAUUUUUCGAUUUGAUCAAGAACGUAAACACAAGCCAACGCUGUUUGGUUAUAGUAGCCAGUUAGUUCGAUGCUAUUUUGUGUGAAUAAGACAAACGUGUACGAACUUCAAAAAAUUGUAUGUAAUCACAACAGCAAACUUCCAUUCAGAAACGUUUUGUAAGAGCCGUGCUUGCAGAAGUUCUGCUUGACUCUCUUCAUUACCGCUUUCUGGGUCUGAUUCUGGCUCAAACUGUUACGGCAAUAUUGACACCAUUAUUUACAUUUGACCGGAGCACAUGCAGCUGUCGCCCGUGAAGGUGAUGAGCGUGAAGUUUCUGGACAACGUGCAGUACGCAGUUUAGCCAAUCACAACACACCGGGCCAACUAACCAAUCAGAGCCCAUCGCCUGUUUCUGAGGGAGUGGUUUCAGAGAAUCAGGAAGUCAACCGGUCGUUCAAAUGACAGAGGAGAAAGCGGCUUACAAUAAAGAAGAGCUCAUGGUGAGAGAGGCGAGUUCAGCAGAACAGCACAAGACCUCAAGGUGCGCCACAUGUAGCUCUGAGGUCUGCGAGCUGGAAUUCAACCCGCAUCUGUGGAUGCAAUUAUCGUCAAACAAGACUUACUACAUUGAACGCACCAACCCAAAAGUGCAGAGAACAACUAUGAUAAUUCAUGACUGUUACACGUGAACCUUGUGAAAGGUGUGAUCUGUGAAGGGCCAGACUGCAGAUGACGUCAGUGAUGCGGUAUAAAAGCAGAAGAGACACAGACACGCUCAGAAGCUCAGAUCUGUCGUCCUCCUCCUCUCACUCAGCAUGCUGUGGACUCUCCUGUUCAGCUGCAGCUUUUAUCUGCACGGCGCUCUGGUUUCUGCUCAAGGAGUAUCCAGAGAUGGAGAGAUUAUCAAACAGAUUAAAGGCACAAACCAGGAGCUUACUGAAAUCAAAGAACUGCUGAAACAACAGAUACAGGAAAUUGUUUUCCUGAAGAACACAGUUAUGGAGUGCGAAGCCUGUGGCAUGAGACCAGCAGAUCCAGCAGAGCCGUCAUGUUUUCCCAACCCCUGCCAUCCUGGUGUGGAAUGCAUAAUGACCCCCAGCGGUGUGAAGUGUGGUCCGUGUCCAGAGGGCAUGACAGGAAAUGGAACUCACUGUACAGAUGUUGAUGAGUGUGCUGUAAUGCCAUGUCACAUGGGGGUGAGAUGCAUUAACACGUCACCAGGUUUUCGCUGUGGCCCCUGUCCUGCUGGGUACAUGGGCCCCCAGGUGCAGGGGGUGGGACUUGCCUAUGCAUCUGUCAAUAAACAGGUGUGCAAAGACAUUAAUGAGUGUGAGAACUCAAAUGGAGGCUGUGUAGAGAACUCCAACUGCAUCAACACACCAGGCUCUUUUCGCUGUGGCCACUGCAAGACUGGUUUUGCUGGGGAUCAGGUGAAAGGCUGCAAACCUGAGCGGGCCUGUGGUAAUGGUCAGCCCAAUCCUUGCCAUGCCAGCGCAGAAUGCAUUGUUCACCGUGAUGGACAGAUUGAAUGCGCUUGUGGAGUUGGAUGGGCUGGGAAUGGAUACUUAUGUGGAACGGACACUGAUAUUGAUGGCUUCCCUGAUGAAAAACUGGAAUGUGUGGAUAGAAACUGUGCAAAGGACAACUGCCUCACCGUUCCAAACUCUGGCCAAGAGGAUGCAGACAAGGAUAACAUCGGUGAUGCAUGUGAUGAUGAUGCAGAUGGAGAUGGGAUACUAAACACAGAGGACAACUGUGUGCUCGUCCCCAACAUCAAUCAGAAGAACAUUGAUGAGGAUGAUUAUGGAGAUGCUUGUGAUAAUUGCCGUCUGGUAAAAAACAAUGACCAGAAGGACACAGAUAGCAAUGGUCAGGGUGAUGAAUGUGAUGAUGACAUCGAUGGGGAUGGAAUCAAAAAUGCUAAAGAUAAUUGCAAAAAGGUGCCAAACCGUGACCAGAUAGAUAGAGACGGUGAUAAUGUCGGUGAUGCUUGUGACAGCUGUCCCUACGUCCGCAACCCUGAUCAGAUGGAUGUGGAUAAUGACUUGAUUGGCGAUCCUUGUGACACCAACAAAGAUAGUGAUGGAGAUGGGCAUCAGGACUCUCGAGACAACUGUCCUGCAGUUAUCAACAGCUCCCAACUAGACACGGACAAGGAUGGCAUUGGAGAUGAAUGUGAUGAUGAUGACGACAACGAUGGCAUUCCCGAUCUCCUUCCACCUGGUCCGGACAACUGCCGUCUGGUACCAAACCCACUGCAGGAGGACUUUGAUGGUGAUGGGAUUGGCAACGUUUGUGAGAAUGACUUUGACAAUGACACAUUUAGUGACAACAUUGAUGUUUGUCCUGAAAAUGCUGAGGUGACCCUCACCGACUUCAGAACUUAUCAGACUGUGGUUCUGGAUCCAGAAGGAGAUGCGCAGAUCGAUCCAAACUGGGUGGUACUCAAUCAGGGAAGAGAGAUUGUUCAGACCAUGAACAGUGAUCCUGGACUGGCUGUAGGCUACACGGCAUUCAAUGGUGUGGACUUUGAAGGGACAUUUCAUGUAAAUACUGAGACGGAUGAUGACUACGCAGGCUUUAUCUUUGGCUAUCAGGACAGCUCGAGCUUCUAUGUGGUGAUGUGGAAGCAAGUGGAGCAAAUUUAUUGGCAAGCCAAUCCUUUCCGAGCUGUAGCUGAACCUGGAAUCCAGCUGAAGGCAGUGAAAUCUGACACGGGACCUGGAGAAAACCUGCGGAAUUCACUCUGGCACACAGGUGACUCGACAAACCAGGUGAAACUCUUGUGGAAAGAUUCCAGAAAUGUUGGCUGGAAAGACAAGACCUCUUACCGCUGGUUCCUGCAGCACAGACCCCAAGAAGGCUACAUCAGGGUUCGGUUCUAUGAAGGUCAGCAGAUGGUAGCAGACACAGGAAUUAUCAUCGACACAACCAUGAGAGGAGGCAGACUGGGAGUAUUUUGCUUCUCCCAGGAGAACAUCAUCUGGGCCAACCUGCGCUACAGAUGCAACGAUACAAUCCCUGAGGACUUUGAGAGAUUCAGAAGCCAGCAAAUCCAGCUUUUUUGAACCCGAACUCAACAGUUCUUUUUUUUUUUUACAAGAUUAAUGAAUGUGAGUUGUAUAUUUCUGUCAUGUGUGUCAUAUUUUAUACUCCAUUUUUUUAUACUUUGUGAACAGUAGUAGAGCUUUCCUCAUAACCCCCUAAUGACAGACAUAAAUUGAUGACACUGCAUUAGCACUGAGAAUUUAAAUAUAUAUAUAUAUGUAUUUUAAAAACACGUACAGAAAUACAGGUUACAAAAUAUAAAUGAUAUAACAAGAAGGCUCUGAUAUAUGCAGCUGAGACAUCAUGCACAUCCAUAUUUAGCUUCUUUUUUUCUUUUUUUUCUGAGAAAGGAAAAGGACCAGUAAAACGACAAAGACGAAAUCAGUUCCUUCUACAAUCAGUUACCACAAAUAGGAGACAAAGAUGACCACACCAGCACAGCGACUAUAGAACUGGGCAUCUGGAUAGAUCCAACCCAAUAAAAGCUCUAGACAACCACAAAUUAUAUGUCCUAAUAUACCGUUAACUCCAAUAAAGAGCGAGCACUGUUUAUGCUCACGAAAUGAGAGAUCACAAAGAUUCGAUGCACAUUCUGUAACCUAACACUCUCGCGAGCGCUUCGUUUACAGUGUCUUUUAAUACUUAUUAAACCUGCCUUAAGUGAGAUGACAGAAAUCAAAAAUAUAUCAUCUUUACAGAAAGAAAUCCAUGUAGAUGGCACUUAGUUUAUGCUAAUGCUAUGAUUUAAGGGGAAGGGUUGUUAUACUGCUCAGCUCUAUCCUAUGGGUCACUAUCGGUACGUUUAUCAAGAAAUACAUCCCAUCUAGUCAGCUACGUCCUUAUUAGUCUUAAUGGUACGGACAUGGUAAUCAUGGUCACUAACUGCUCAGCAGUUCUAUUAAGGCUUAAAGGGGAAUUUACGCUAAAGGGGGUUUGCUCUGACACGAAUAAUCAGGACACAAAUGAACGUAAGUGCUGUUAGCUAAAACUGCUCCAGUUUGACUGCAUCAACAACUGAAUAUUUGUCCAAUAAACACAUGCAGUUUGCCCACAUCUCCUAAUGUUUCACAGGUUAAAGGAACAAACAGACUGAGCCCUUUUUUUCGGUUUGCAUUGGGAAGUCACACACACACAUAUAUAUAUAUAUAUAUAUAUAUAUAUAUACGCUUCCAUAAUUGUUUUCCCUCUAAAUUAUCAGUGCAAUACAGAAAACGGUUCACAAAGAACACCUUCACGAUAAGCCGGGGUGGGGGGAAAGCAUGUACAGGGUCGAACAGUCGGCAUUCUCAGAAGGUAAAACAGUCCAAGUUUCGUUUCAUGAGCAAAGCUGCGGCUGAAGUUUCCAGAAGCAGCAGCCAGAAGAUUUAGAAGAAAUGCACAUACAUCAGUAUGAAAGCUGCCGUAUCUUUGAGAUUUCUGACAGGAUUUCAGACGGAAACCCAAGAUGCAAGGGCCGAGCAAAUCGACAGGGCGUAGGGAAUGGCCCAACUGAAGAUAUCAAACAUGCUACAAUCGUGAUGAGCGGAAAAAUGCUACCGUGACCGAAAACAAACAGAAAAACCAGCAACGUAACAGAUCAGGAGAAAAAACAAUAGUGCUUUGGUCAAGCAUUGUCAAGCAAGUCAUUUGGUGUAAUGCACUAUCAUAAAUACAUUCUGUUUCUAAACAUGAUCAUAGACGUGGUAAAGUGACACCACUAGCAUUAACUAAUACAUGCAUUGUGUCUCGGGGGUCUACAUUGGUUUAUGUGCAGUGAAUCUUUUUACUGGAAUCAGCCAAGCUAAUGAAGACUUCAUACCAAAAAGCUAACCAAGACCUCGUUCUAAAGGUUUUUUCUCAUUUUGACAUGCAGUCGUCAUAUUCCAGUGAUAAGCUUUAUGUACACUAUUUUCAGGAGAGAAACGCGCUCGUGGUAAACAUAUGAAAACACUAUUCUGAAUGGCACAGUUCAAAGAAGAAAAACUGAAGCGAGUAUUGCAGUUUUUGUUACGUCUAAAUAAACUAGUGUAUCCACCAUCUGAGCCAAUCCUUAUUUCUCAGCCCUAAGUAUACUAUUCAUAUUCAACCAGAAAUAUUCCAGAUUGUUGGUUGAUUAAUGCUUUUAGAUUGCAUAGGAAUCACAAAUUAGAUUUGCACAGUUUUAAGAGUUAUUUCCUUCAAAGACCCAGAUGACCAAAAUGUAUAGCUGAAC